GGGCCCGCGCGGGUCUCGGUCGGGCGGCCCGAGCGGCCCGCGCGCCGCCUCCGCCCAGGCCCGCGCUUCUGGCCCUCUCGUGCCGCCUGGCCGCCCUCGUCUGCCUCGUCCGAGCGGCCGGGCGGCCCAAACGCGAGGCCGGGCGCGGCGGGCGGACGGCCCCGACGUCGGGGGACAGGCCGGGCUUUCUAGUUACACUUAAGAUGACAAGCCCUCGUCUUUGAACCGAAUGGCUGUUUCCCCGCCCCGUCCAUUGUCUCACUGGAGGUCCGGCGGCCCCGGAGGCAGGCAGGGGGGCAGGGGCGCCGGCCCCAUUCGGUUCUGACGACCGAAGUCUGGGGCUCGGGGCGGGGAGCGGUCCGAAGUCGCCCACCUAGUAGGGGCCAGAGCCUGACGCCCACCAGGGGCUCCGGAGUUACACCCCCAUUAAGGUGCCCAAGUGUUCUUCUGACACCUAAGAGGUGUCGAGUGCUGUUUACUGGCGGGAUUGUAGGUGUGGUGCUUUUGUUGUUGUUUUUCGUUUUUUUGUUUUUGUUUUUAAGAUUAGUUUAGCAGAUGUUACAAUGUUGGCUGAUAAUGUGCAGUGUGUCCAAUUCGGAGAAAAUAAUCUGUCCUUUUUUGGCAUACUCGAAAAACAUUUGUAAAGAGCUCAAUAAACGGUAUCUACUAUUAUUAAUACAUCUUAAUAAAGUGUUUGAAGCCGUGAUCUUUCUGGAUGCUGAUUAUUGUGGAUGAUUUUUAAGGAGGAACUUUUCUCUCCUCUUUAACUAGUGAGUUUGGUGUGUGCUUUUUUUAAGGGUCCUCUGAGUGCGAGGCAGAAGAGGAUGGGAGUUCUUGGCGUUUAUGGCCCCCAGGAAGGCCCUUCUGUAGGGGGACAAGUGACCUUUUCAGCUCCCACUUAGCCCAGGCCACUUUCUCAGUACUCUUUCUGACCAUUCUUAUCCACCCGCCCCUUUUCCUCUGCUGUCUUGUGUAGCACCUGAGAUCCGAAGAAACUCCUCAAACAGGACAGAUUUGCCCUCAACUUUCGAUAGCCCAUGGUAUCACACUUAUUUAAUUUAUUAUGACUAUUUUUGUACAAAACUUUUCUCCAGGAGAAGGAAGAACCACAUAUUUUUUUCUGCAUCCCCAUUGCUCGUUUACUAUGACAGAUGUUCAGUAAUUGUUAUUGGAUGAAUGUGUUGUUUAAUUGUUUAGUCAGUCGCUCAUUCAGUAGGUAUUUAUUGAGCGUCUUCUAUGAAUGAGGCAGUCUUUUAGAAACUUACGUCAUCAUGGAGCUUAUGUUCUCAUGGGCGAAGCAAACCAUAACACAGGCAUACACAUGGCACGAUCAUAGUUUAUUAGUGCUGUGAAGGAAGGGACUAGCAGGGGGCCUAUGUUAGAUGUGUCCAUCGGCGAAGGUCUCUUUGAGGCAGUGUUUAAGCUGGAGCCUUAUACGAGAGGGAGCCAGGCGUACAGAGAGGUGUGGGAAGAGCUAACAGAAAGGUGGAAGAGAGAGCUGGGUGCAUCAUAGGAAUCCAAGGAGACCAGGGUAGCUGGAGUGUAGUUGAUAGCCAGGAGGAUAUAAGCUCAGGGAGGUAGGCUGGGAUACGAUACGAAGUUUAGGUUUUAUUCUGGGUACACGGGAAUCUGUUGAUCGGGGACUAAAAUGAUCUAGUCUGUGUAUUUAAAAGAUUACUGAUCACCCUGUGGAAAGUGUAUUGUGGGGGAAGAAGGGCGAACUGGGGAAAACAGCUGGGCAGGAUUGCAGUGGUUUGGGGGAAAGAUGAUUGGGAUUUUGACUAGUCACGGCAGAGAAGGAGAAAAGAGGAUGGAUUUGAGAUAGUUUCAGAAGUUACACGGAUAGGACUUGAUGGUGAUUUGACCAUGAGGAUGAGUGCAGUGAAGGGAUGAAGUGUCAAUUCACCUUUCCAACAAAGCUUUCAGCGAGAUGAACUGGGACUGAGACUUUGUCAUCAGGCACCAAGGCUCCAGAGAGGGACAGGCAAAUAGGGGAUGAAAGGCCUUUGACGCCUUCUCCAUCACCCCAGCUGGCUGCUGAGAAGAGCUCAUACCUCUACUCCACGGAGAUCACGCUGUGGACGGUGGUGGCCGCCAUCCAGGCGUUGGAGAAGAAGGUGGAUUCCUGCCUGGCCCGCCUGAUGACUCUGGAGGGGCGGACAGGGAAGGCUGAGAAGAAGCUGGCCGACUGCGAGAAGACGGCCGUGGAGUUGGGGAACCAGCUGGAGGGCAAGUGGGCAGUGCUGGGGACCCUGCUGCAGGAGUACGGGCUGCUGCAGAGGCGGCUGGAGAACGUGGAGAACCUGCUGAGGAACAGGAACUUCUGGAUCCUGCGGCUGCCCCCGGGCAGCAAGGGCGAGGCCCCCAAGGUGCCCGUGACCUUUGAUGAUGUGGCCGUGUAUUUCUCUGAGCCAGAGUGGGGCAAACUGGAUGAGUGGCAGAAGGAGCUGUACAAGCACGUGAUGCGGGGCAACUACGAGACGCUGGUCUCCCUGGAUUAUGCCAUCUCCAAACCGGAUAUCCUCACCCGGAUGGAGAGGGGAGAGGAGCCUUGCCCUGAAGGCCCGAGGGGCCGGGAGGAGGGGAGUGACAGAGAGGAAGCACGCCCAAGGAGGCUGGGCGCUGGCCUUCCUCCAUACCCAGAGCACACCUCCAGCCCAGUCAGCCCUGCCCGGAAGGAGCCAAAAGAAGGUCAGGCCUCCAAGCACCAGCAAGACUCAGAAACAAGAGUAACCCCACCCGAAACGAGCACCGGACCACUAGCCAGCACUAGCGUUUUGUCCUCGGUUAAACGGGAGGAAGAAUCUUCAGAUGGGGAGUCACCCACCUCCCCUCCCAGGGACAUCCUGCCCGGCAUGGGGCCAGGUGGUGGCGGUAUGGUCAUCAAGACGGAAGCACAAUCUGAGGACGAGAUGAUGCCUGAGCAGCUCUACCUGGGGGAGUCCCCGAGCCAGCCAGAGUGUAGACUCCCCAAAGGGCCCAGGAGCAGGACCGGGGGUUCUGGCCGGCCUCACUCGGGGGCAGCGCCCAGGGUGCGGGCAGGGGACCCUCUAACACCGGGGGCACCGGGGAAGGGGGGCGAGCCGCCUCGCGUCCUCCCCCGCCGGCGAGAGCGGGCCUUCCCCUGCCCUGACUGCGGACAGAGCUUCCGCUUGAAGAUCAACCUGACCAUUCACCAACGGACCCACGCGGAGGAGGAGCAGCGCGCGGAGGCCCGGGGCGGCUCGGCCUCCGGGGCCGGGGGACGUGCCCAGCCCGCGCUGGAGCCGGGGGAGGUGGUGGUGCCCGGCCCCGUCAUCCGCUGGCUCCCAGAGGGGCCCGAGGGCCGCCGCUGCUUCGUGGGGCGGAGGCCGGCGGCCGCCAAGGUGUACCACUGCAGCGAGUGCCUGCGCUUCUUCCAGCAGCGGAAGAGCCUGCUGCUCCACCAGCGCCUGCACACCGGCGACAGCCAGGGCUGGCCCGCCUGCCCCUACUGCGGCAAGGCCUUCCGCCGGCCCUCGGACCUCUUCCGGCACCAGCGCAUCCACACGGGCGAGCGGCCCUACCCGUGCCCCGAGUGCGGCCGCGCCUUCAACCGCAACCACCACCUGGCGGUCCACAUGCAGACGCACGCGCGCGGCCAGGGCGGCCCGCACGUUCCAGCUCCCCCCGCCCGCCUGGGCAGCCCGCCGCUGGCACGGCCCAGCCCCUCCGAGGAGGGCUGACCGGGCAGGAGCCUGCGGGGCACCCCCUGCUCCAGGACCACCUCAACACCGGCGGAGCCCUUCUACUUGUGCCUGAUGCUGGUUCCUCCUUCUGCGAUGGCUUUGGAGAGAUCUUUUUACAUGGGAAGCAGUGGCCUUUUUGAUGACAGAGUGUAUGCGUGCCAGAUGCCUCAGUUUCCUAAGUUUGUCACUCUGCUGCCUUUUCUACAUUCCUGACUUACACAGGGGCCACUAAGGCUUAGGGGAUGCCAAGCUUUGGUGGGGGCCUUUGACGGGUACCGUGGACAGGCAACAGGACCAGAGGCCAUGGCCUUUCUAGUAGGGGGUGUUCGAGACACGGAGAGCCUGGGGUUUGAUUUUAUACACAGAGGUCUUGGCCUUCUGUCAACACGAGAAACAGCAGAGUGGACAGACAGCCUGAAGAAUAGGCACUGGAAAUUUGAGUUUUCUACUGUUAUUUUGAAACUUUUUUUUAUGGAGAUUUUCUAAGUGCUUCUGUAAGUAUUGUGUGUGGUUGUAAAGGGGACCAAGAACUCCUGAGGGGCAGGGAUGAUUCUGCCACCUCCUUGUGUGUGGGGAUGGCAGAGGGACUGUCCAGACCAGCCUGGGAAUGCCUGUUGAUGGGGGUGCCUUGGCUGCUGCCCUGGAAACCAGGUGUCUUCCCAGGUGUGUGUUCCUUGGCCUAGACUGAUUCCCAGUAUUCCUGGUCCUUUCCCCAGUGGGUGUUCACAUCCAUGAUUGACUUUGGUAAUCAGCUGAGAGUGGGGAACUGCAGCCUGGAGUGGAUGACAUUUCCCCCAAGGUCUCAGUGUUCACGGGUGUGCACGCUCCAUGGACUGGACCCCACCUGACACCUGGGGGGUGGGGGAGGUCAGGUGCAGAGCGGGCCCAGGAAGUUCCUCCCGAGAGGAAGAUCCUGGUCUGAGGGAGGCUGGUCAGCCCACGUGGACUGUGGGGUUGCCAGGCCUGAUGUGUCACGUUAAAGGAGGGGGUUGUCUUCUAGAACUUGGGGCUCAUGGCAGAGUUAGGCCAGGAGAUCUAGGUGAAUCUUUUAACCACCUCCAUCCUCGUGUUACUUGUCUGUCGAAGGUGGUAAUGACCCCAGUGCAUCCUACCUCACCUUAGAGUUGUCAGGGUCAUAAUAGAUUUAGAGGCAGCGGGACAAAUAGGAAGCCUGAUUUCGACCUUCCUUUCAGGUUCAGGGCCCCCUUUCUCUUUCAUGUUGAUCUUCCAGCCCUCUUCGCAGUCAGAAUCACUCAAGAAGGACCUUUAUUUUCUGGAGUGAGUGGAAGGUCCCACGGGUGCAAAGUGAGGUAAGACUUUCCCUUUGGGCUAUAUCCACCUGGAGCCUUUUGUACCUCAGUGGAACAAAUUCUCACCAAAGCAGUGAGGUUCAAACUGUGGAGGUUCGGGCUCUAGCGUCGCGCCUCAUGGAGAAGUCUCGAUGGCACCUAGCUUCUUGUGCCUCUUCAGUCACACCACUUUGGGCACUCCCUAUAAACUAGCCCUUGGUCUGGGUGACUUUGAAGCUGGAGUGAUGGGUCCUCAGCUCUUCUGAUUGUUGUCUUAUUUAUCUGGCACUAUGUGAAGUGUCCAGUGUUCAGGCCUGCUUCCAGGUGCCUGGGUCCCUGGCUGUGCCACUUCCUCUUGCCCCCCUCUGACCCUCAUACCUCUCCUAAAGUCCUGAACAGGGUUGGGGGCAGAUGGAAACAUUGCUGUCAUCUCUGGGGCGAGAGUAUACACGUCAGUGACUGCUCAGCCAAGCUCCUCUGGGCUUGGGAGAGGCGCCCCCCUCCCCUGCCAUAGAUCCUGUUUGUCUGCUCUGGUAUCCCCCAGCUCUUGCCAGGGCCCCGCAGUCAGGGCUGGGCUGUCAGCAAGUGCUCAGACAGGAUGCGGUGCUAGUGAAGCUGCUGAGAGCUUAGCCCUCAGCUGCAAGAGCUAGUCUCAGGUGAUUCCUUGGAAGGCCUCAGGGCUCAGAGUUUCCAGGCUUUUCUAAUGCUUAAUGCCCUGUGUAAAUACGCAAACUCCUAACAGACGCAGUAAUCACUGUGCAGUGGUGCUCCUCUUCUUCUAAAGCAUUCAAUGUGCCGGGCUCCCGGCUAGGCCCUGUGAGUUUGCCUGGCACUCAAUAGGUGUUCAAAGGACAUUCUUUACACUGAAAUGAGUCAGCGGAGGCUGCGUGACCUGGGAGGCUGGAGCCUGGUCUGACCCCAGUCUCACUUCCAGCUCUGGGUCUCGGGUUCCUCAUUUGUAAAGCAAAGUUGGGGUUCUGGUGUUAAAAGGCUCGUAAGAACUGUGACGGUGGUGAAACCUUGGCCCCAUCAGUGCUCAAUAAAUAUGUUGGACUCUGUA